AUGUCUGUGCAAAUCAAACCUCGUAUUUUGCUUACAAAAACUCUCUCAGAAGACGCGCAAAAGAGGAUAGAAAGUUUCGACGACAUUGAGCUAAUACAUUGGAAGGAUAGUAGUGUCAUCCCUCGCGUCGACGGCUUGAUAUGCACGGUCACUAACAAGAUCGAUGAAGAAGUGAUUGAGACAGCUGGAGAUCAACUAAAAGUUGUGUCUACGAUGUCAGCUGGAUAUGACCACAUUUCUAUCCCUGCUCUCAAAUCUCGCUCCAUUCCUCUUGGCCACACGCCAGAUGUCUUCACCGACGCAGUGGCGGAUCUAGCUGUCCUCUUGGUGCUCGCAGCUGCCCGUCGUCUUCGUGAAGGCAUCUCCGCUGUCUAUAACGGUGACUGGAAAUUAUGGUGUCCAACACGGCUUCUCGGGUGCCAACUCACCGAUAAAACCAUUGGAAUAAUUGGUUUGGGAAGAAUAGGGUUGGCUACAGCAAAGAGGUUGAAACCAUUUCUGGGUAGCAGCGGAAGGAUAAUAUAUGCGGAGGCAGAUGUCGUGAUUAUUUCAUGUUUUCUGACCGAAGAGACGCGUGGGAUGUUCGACUACGAAGUCUUCAAAAAGAUGAAGAACAGCGUAAUUUUAGUGAACGUAGCCAGAGGGAGUGUGAUUAACCAGCCUGAUCUGGUGCGUGCACUGUCUGAGAACCGGCUGGGUGCUGUUGCAUUGGAUGUAACUACACCUGAACCACUUAGUCCCGAUGACCCGUUGUUAAAGUUUGAGAACGUAACGGUAAUGCCUCAUAUUGGUUAUGCGACAGCAGAAGCAAAAGCAGCUCAGGGGAAUAUUGUUAUUGACAACCUAUUAGCAGGAAUCAAAGGGGAGAAGUUACCAUAUCGAGUGGAGUUUGAUUAA